GGAGGGCGAGAUACCAAUGGGUGAUUGUGGCAGCAGGGACGUGGUCAAGCAUCGGUCUGUGACAGGAGGGUGGAGUCGGGGAAGUUAAGUGGCAGAAUCACUACACCUGUUGUUAAUUAAUGUGUUUGUGUGUCUUCCCAGUGACCGCGCCCUAUUUAAGGAGAGAGAGCGAGAGCAGAGGGAGCUCUCUCUCUCCCUAACCAGAUGACUUAUUUGUGUGUAUGCGUGUGGCUGGGAGAGUGUGGUUUUGCGACUGAAAAGUGCAAAUAAAAAGAGUUUUUGGAACUCGGCUCUGUCCUGCCGUCCUUCUGUGCUCCACCCACCUACAUGGACUGCUACAGUGGUGCCAAAACCCGGGAACCGAGCACAGAAGACAACAGCCCCAUGGAAUCCUCCACCUUCGCCGACCUGAUCCACGCCCUUGCCACGGCCCAACAGAGCCAGCACCAGGCGCUGCUCACCCUCCGAAAGGAGCAAGAACAACGGUUCGAGGCCCUGGUGCUGGCGCAACAGGAAGAUCGUUGGGCGUUCCGGCACCGCCUCGCGUCAGUGGGGUCCACCAUCUCCACCACCGUGGGCCCUUCCCCCCUCACCCUCACAAAGAUGGACCCGCAGGACGACCCCGAGGCAUUCGUCACGCUCUUUGAGCAGGUAGCAGAGACCUCGGGGUGGCCGGUGGAACAGCGCGCGGAGCGCCUCCUCCCCCUGCUAACGGGAGAGGUGCAGCUGGCCGCGCUACAGCUCCCCGCCGACCGCCGGCUGGCCUACGCGGACCUUUGCGGGGCUGGCCUCCAGCGGGUGGGAUGCACCCCGGAGCAACAACAUCAGUGUUUCCGCGCUCUGCGCUUGGAGGAAGUCGGCCGGCCGUUUGCGUUUGGCCAGCAACUCCGGGAUGCCUGCUGGCAGUGGUUGAGGGCCGACAGUUGCGACGCCGAGGGACUCAUCGACCAGGUGGUACUGGAACAGUUCGUCGUGCGUUUACCAGCAGGAACCGCAGAGUGGGUCCAGUGCCACCGCCCGGCGUCGCUGGAUCAGGCAAUCGAGCUGGCGGAGGAUCAUCUGGCGGCUGUCCCGGCGGCAGGACAGCAGAUGGCAUCUUCUCUCCUCUUCUCUCCUCUUCUCUCUCUCUCUCUCUCUCUCUCCCCCUCCUCCUGUGUCCCGUCCUCUCCCCAUUCCCCCACCGCGGAGGCGGGGGCCGGCACCACCCCAGCCGGCCCGCUGCACCCGUGGUGCCCUCCCGUUUCUCCCUUCUGUGUCUGUCUCUCCCCCACCUCAGGUGAGUGAGCCCCAGAUCACCGGCGCAGAGGGAAAGCCCGGGCCGGUUUGCUGGCGCUGCGGGGAGCCGCGCUACCUUCAACAGCAGUGCACGGUGAUGGAGGUGGGCGCGGUGGUUCAGAUCCCCAACGCGCCAGAGGCCGCCCUCGAUCGGGCCGGAGCGUAUCGUAUACCGAAGAACGCCGAGACCGGAAGCUUUCUUUUUUUCUCCUCCUGUGUAAAGUCCACAAGCGGAGGCCAUCUGAUCUGCUUUAAUAUCAACAGAUCUUCAUUUAAGGAAAUCUUUUGGUGGAGACGGUGGGGACCUCGACUGGCUAUCGUAGCCUGCAGGGAAUCGGCCGUCAGACAUUCUGUCGCAUGUCCCAGACCCGGUGAAAUGUAACUGAAUUGUCUUGGCCAGGCCUAAGGGUCCCAUCUGCAUCUCAUCAUUGCUGAGGAGUGUGCUCCCAUCACCCAAUCAAGCAUCCAGCCAGAGCAGGUCAUGAUAUAUUUUUUACCAUAUUAACAUGCCAUUGUGCGUCAUGCCUGAUGUAAAGACUCUCGUCUCUGCGAGCCUACCACACAGAUUUAAUACUUGUCAUUUUUAGGGCAUACCUAACAACGUGUUUUCUUUCUCUCUCUCUCUCUCUCCCCCCCCCAUCUGUCCCUCUGAGUUACAUGUUGAUCCUGGGAUUGAGAUGCUGGCCUCUUCUGCCCCUCGGACCUGCUUGAUCCAUCCUGGUGCCCUGUGUCUGGUCGGAGUUUUAUCGCCCCACUCCUGUGAAGGACGGCCCCAUGAGGACAGUUGAGGGUUAUACCUGUUAAAACUGUUAAUAUUAUAGUCAGGCUGUCUGUUGUUGCCCAAAUGAGGAUGGGUUCCCUUUUGAGUCUGGUUCCUCUCGAGGUUUCUUCCUCAUGUCGUCUGAGGGAGUUUUUCCUUGCCACCGUCGCCACAGGCUUGCUCAUUGGGGAUAGAUUAGGGAUAAAAUUAGCUCAUGUUUUAAGUCAUUCAAAUUCUGUAAAGCUGCUUUGCGACAAUGUUUAUUGUUAAAAGCGCUGUACAAAUAAACUUGAUUUGAUUUGAUUAAAGUGCUCUACUAAACCAUCUGUUUGUGGGUAAUAGACACUGGUGUGGAUAGUUUUAAUCCCCAACAACUCAUACAGUUCACGCAGUGUGUGUGACAUAAAGGUAGUGCUUUGGUCUGUCAGGAUUUCUUUCAGAAUCCCGACCCGGGAGAUAACACAGAAGAGCGCUUCCACAAUAUUGCAGGCAGAGAUAUUACAGAGAGGCACCGCUUCUGGAUAUCGCAUUGCAUAGUCCACCAGAACUAAAAUAAAGUGAUAUCCUCGUGCUGACCGAUCUAAUGGCCCGACGAGAUCCAUACCAAUUCUCUCGAAGGGGGUGUUGAUUAGGGGGAGCAGGCACAAAGGCACUUUUGGAGUGGCCGCGGGAUUUACUAAUUGGCAUUUAUGGUAUGCCACACACCACUGAUGAAUGUCCCCACGAAUCCCUGGCCAGUAGAACUAGCCAUUAUUCGAACUAGUGUUUUAUCCUGCCCUAAGUGUCCAGCCAUGGGAUUAAAGUGAGCCGCAUGGAACACGAGUUCUCUACGGCUCUUAGGGAUUAACAAUUGUGUUAGCUGUUUACCAGUUUGAGUGUCCUGUGUCACUUGAUACAACCUAUCCUUAAUAAUAGUGAAGUAUGGGAAGGCGGGUGCCGCAUUUUUUUAAUUUCCCUGAGGGAACCCUCUCAAAGGGAUCAAUAAAGUUCUAUCUAUUCUAAUCUAAUCUAAUUUGGUUGGAGAGUUUGACCACCAAUUACUCUCACUUGGUCAAAUGCAUGACGCAGAGUCUUGUCUUAUGACUGCUCUAAUGGGAAAUUCUUGAGGGAAUCCCUGAGAGAGAGAGGAUGGGCGAGCUGCUCCUCAUUCCUUGCAUCACCCUGACGUGGUGCUGAUGUAGAUGGCUCUGUGACAGCUUCCCCAGUCAGUGCCACACCAGGAUCUCCCCGUGAUGCAUUAUUGCAAGACCCACGCCCUACUAUAUGCUCCAUUAAUCCCCUGAACCCUGGUCAAUCAGUCCCCAAAAUCAGUGGGUGGGUAAGACACGGAUUAACCGCAGCUUUUAAACUACAUUUUUGUCCCCAAAAUAGAAUGUGAAUGGACACUCAUGGAUAAUUAGUGGUGAUAAUUAGUGUCCCCACAGACACGGAAGGGGAAGACAAGAGGAUACUGGCUGGGGGGGGAGCUGGCCCCCAUCUCCGUGGUGGGGGAACAGGAUGGGGAUGAGAACAAAACUGUGCACACACACAACCUUCACUUGUGCUCUCCCCAAUCCCUUACCUUGCAUCAAGCUUUGGUGGACUGAGGUCUGAUUACAACUGGAAUCCACCAACGUGUGAUGCGUAUCCACUUGGACACUCACCGGUAUACGAUAUGCUCUGGCUUGAUCAGGGGCAGUCUCUGACGCAUCUGAGAUCUGGACCAUGGCUCCCACCUCCAUCGCAGAGCACUGACUCUGGAGAUGUCCCAGCUCCCUGCAGCGCCAGCAUACUAGCCCAGACUUCACCUCUGCACCUGUGUUAUGGGCGUCACUCACCUGGGAGGGAGAAAACACAGACACAGAAGAGGAAGAUGGGAGGACACCGCAAGUGCAGCAGGCCGGCUGGGGGGGAGUCGAUCUCUGUGGUGGGGGAACGGGGUGGGGACAAGAAGAGGAGGGAGGAAGGAGAAUGAGAGAGAAAAAGAGAAGAGGCAACACUUCCGCCUGCCACUGUAACCGCUGCUAGAUGGUCCUCCACCAACUUGAUGGCUUGAUCCAGCAAUGCCGGGCAAUGACACUGGACCCACUCCACCAUUCCUUCUGGAAGACACGUGAUGAACUGCUCCAGUGUCACCAGAUCAAUGAUCCCCUCAGCGUCACGGUUGUCCGCCCUCAGCCACUACUGGCAGGCAUCCUGGAGCUGUUGGCCAAAUGCAAACAGCUGGCUGACCUCCUCCAAUGUCAGUGUCCAGAAGAGUUGACGAUGUUGUUCCAGGGAGCUGCUGACAUGCUGCAGGAUGGCUCGCUUCAGGUUCACGUGUAUGAGCUGGCUGUCGGCAGGGAGCUGCUGUGUGGCAAGCUGCACCUCGCCAGUCAGUAAUGGAAGUAGGUGCAUCGCGUGCUGCUCGACUGGCCACCCCCACGCUUUGGCCGCUUGCUCGAAGAGAGCAAUGAAGGCUUCUGGAUCAUCAUGCGGCCCCAUCUUCAUGAGGGUCACAUGGGGAGGGUCUGCUGUGGUGGCAGUCAAGGACCCCGCCAACGCAAGCAGGUGCCGGAAUGCCUGGCGAUCUUCCUGCUGGGCCAGCAUCAAGGCUUCAAAGCAUUGCUUCUGCUCCAUUUGGAGGGCGAUCAGCACUUGAUGCUGGUUUUGUUGGGCGGUGGCAAGGGCAUGGAUGAGGUCCUUGAAUGGGGAGGACUCCAUGGGUGGUGCCCUUCAGUAUCCCGGCUUUUGGCACCACUGUAAUAAGCCCUGAUGUGGGUGGAGUACUGAAGUACGGCAGGUGUGAGAUGAUGUUCACGCACACUUUAUUUUCAAGAUUAUCACUUUUCAGCUUCAUUCAUUCACUUGCUUGCUCACUCACUCACUAUCCAGACACACAAGCACAUGCAUUUGUUCUGGUCGGGAGAGCUCCCUUCUCUUUGCUCUCUCCCUCCUUUUCUACCUUCCGCCAUCACUGCAAAAACACACACACAAAACAUUAAUUGACAACAGGUGCAUUGACUUUGCCACUCACCUUCCCCGACCCCGCCCUCCAUUCACUAAUCAACGCUUGGCCACGCCCCUGCUGCCACAACAAACAAUAAGUAAUCAAGUCCACAGUCAAGUUAACAAUAUGUGUUAACGCCAUAAAACAAACGCUUGACGAGCCUUGUCAAUCACUAACAAUUAUUGUGAACGGUGAUCAAAGGAUCAAUAAAAGGACAAAAUGACUGUUGAUAUCACUAAACUUAACACCUAGUUAAAGCACACCAGCAGCAUUUUUAUGUCCCCUGCCCAGCUCCUUAGCCCAUGUUUAGAUUAGACCGUAUCAGCGGAUCAUCAGAUUAACGUUUUUAAAAUGAUUAGUGUGCACACAGCAACACCAAUACACGAUUUGCGUGCACACAGCAAUACCAAUACACGGAUACGCUCGGCUCCGCAGGCAUCCUGCGCUCCAAAUCACUCCGCCCUGAACAGCGAGUGCCCUCUGGAGGGUGCGCACUCUUGCCUUGCACAGCUCACAGAGCACGCGAGUGAAGUGAACAAGCUGUGAUUCGGGACUGAGCCGCUGUGUGUGUGAUCCCAGCGCACAUCACUUACCACUUGCAAGUGGAAGGAUGGCAAGCCUAAAGACAAUCAUAACUACACAAUGGGCAGUAUUUGCAUCAGUAUUUGCAGUAUUUUCAUACUUUUAUACUCUUUAAUGAAAGGUGAUACAAGGCGGAAGUCCGCGCCGUUUUUCAGCAGUCGCGUCACAUGACCAACGCCAGCGAAUCAGGAAGGUGGAUGUCACAGUGACGUUGUCCAAUGAGAUGCCAGCUAGAGCUCAGCACAACGUAUCUGCGUAUUCUGAAUGUUUACACAGCACCGGAGCUGACACGAUCUGGAUUGAAUACGUGGACGCUGGCGGAUUCCCGUUUCCCGGCGUUUCCAGGCGGUUUAAUGUAAACGGACAGUGCAUCCGCGAAGAAAAUGAGACAGAUACGGUCUAAUGUAAACGUAGCCUCAGCAUGACAUAAAAUGACAUCAUCUGCGAUUUGUAACACAUGAAUGAACUGGAUGGUAAAGAUUUAGAAAACAUACUGUAGCCAGUCAGUGGGUGGACACUGACAAUGAUACACUGGUAUCUUUCCAUAACAGAUGAAGAAAUAAUCACCUACGUUUGUGAUCCUUUAACUCACUCAAUGAACUGCAAUAGUGACUCUGAAGGAGAAAUUUAUGAUAAGAAGAAUGUGCCUAAAAUUUUGCAUAUAACAUGAGUGUUUGGUGUGACAAGUUCAGUAUUAUGAACUUUUCAGUAUAACAAACUAUUUGGAUGUUUCCCAAGGAGUUUGUUAAAGCAGCGUUGCAGUGUAUCUCCAAAAGUGAAAAGAAAGAAAUUUGCAUUUAAAAAUUGGAUUGUGACUGCAGCACGAGUGUGGCAGAUAAAAUUACAAGCUGAAUUUUAUCAGACUGGAAACUUGGCUAUCUCAGAGCUUGAUCAAUGUGAAAUCAGUUAGCUUGCAAGAUUUUAGAAAUUUUGAGCCAGGUUGAUUGUUUCUUACCCAAUAUGAUGUCUGCAGGAACUUAGUCUUGGUAAGACUAAAAAGUAAAUAAAAACAUUUUACACUUUUUAUUUGUUGAAAUAUAUUUAUGGUUCUUUAAAAUUAAAAUGUCAAAAUAUGUUAUAGAUGGAAGAACCUUUGAGUGGAAAAAAAUGUUGAUCAAAACCUGUUUUUUCUUGGGCUGUUUUUGACAUCUGAUGGGUUUUCCCAUGUCAUAAGCAAAUAUAUUUAAUUUUCAGUGUUUUUUUUAAUAAAUAUAUGCCAUACUGAUUAUAGCAACUUAAAGUAACAAAAUAAAGUCACUAAAAGACACUGUGUGACAGGCAUAUGAAAAUGUUGUACUAAAUUCCAACAUAAUAAAAGCACAAGCAAGAAAUACACAAGAAAUAAAUACAUGUGCCAAGCAAUUUCCAGUAUGCACUAUACACAGUUAUGCAAGGUUAUGAGAUCAACAAAAAGUAUGUGGCCCCUAUUCAUGCCCUCUCCAUGUUGCCAUGCAAGUGAUUAUAUUCCCUUUUAGCUUCAAUCAACCGUAAACAUGUGGCCAGACAUCUUACACUAAACACAAAAUACAUGGCUCUAACACUGACUUUGUUGUUUGCUGAUUUUUCACGGUUGUGUCU